AUGGCCGACUUGGAUCACAACCUCAGUCUUGCGGAUGCUCUGACAGAGCCACCUCCCGAGAUUGAGGAAGAAGUGAAAAGGGACUUCAUUGCCACUCUGGAAGCAGAGAAAUUUGAUGAUGUGGUUGGAGAAACAGUAGAUAAAACAGACUAUGUUCCUCUGCUGGAUGAUGAUGAUGAUGAUGCAAAAGCUGGGAGCCAGGAACCAAAAAGCAAACCCCAUGCAGACGGUAUUCAGGUGGAAC